AUGGAUUGGAAGAGUGCAAAGUUAAUUUUAGCAUCAACCGCUACUGUCUUCAUUGCUUCACAAGUAGUAAAAAAAAUGUGCAAUUAUUUCUUUAAUUCGAAAAAGUGGACUGAACCUGAAGUGGCAAGCGAAGACACAUCAUGUAGUGAAGUUCUAAAUUUGAAGAAUCGUGAAAUAAAUGAUGUUAUUUUAUUCUCAGAUGAAGUUGUUCGUCACACAAUUAGAGUCCCACCUAACAGAGAUAUAACAAUAUGUGAAAGCAGAGAAUUAAACUGUUUCAAAUUAAUAAAGUAUAUUAAAUCGGCGCGUGAAACACUAGAUGUGUGUAUGUAUUUAAUAACAAGCACUGAAAUUGCUGAACAAAUUAUUAGACUGGGUCAGAAACAUGUUUUAGUGAGAAUAGUCGUUGACAGUGACAUGGCUUACACUGCACCAUCUCAAAUCAAAAGGCUAAAAGAAUUCAGUUUUAUUCAGGUUCAAACGAGUAAAAAGUCUAUAUUAAUGCAUCACAAAUUUUGCAUUGUGGAUGGUCCAAAAGCAAUCAAGCGAAAAUAUUUAUUGAAAGCACACGCGGAAAAAUUAAACGUGCCUACUGAAUUUUCAAAAGAUUCUGUCAAACAAACACCUAAAAACAGAAAUACCAAAGGUUUUGUAAUGUCUGGUUCAUUAAACUGGUCUACCCAAGCUAUGGUUUCGAAUCAUGAAAGUGUUAUAGUAACAUCUCAUCCAAAUAUCCUAAGUAAAUUUGAAAAGGAGUUUGAAAGUUUGUGGGUAGAGAACGAACCGGUACGUUAA